GGAAAUAAAAAGAGGUAGACAUGAGGAGAAAGUUGAAACUCCUAAAAGUUCAGCAAGAAAGGGAAAGUUUUGUCAUCGGUUACGUCAGUGAAAACUUCUAGAGGCAGAAGCACGCCAUGCUUUGUACCAACGAAGACAAUCAAAUUGAACCCAUCAAGCUACAGGUAGCUACGCAAAUCAUGCAUGUGCCCAACAGUUCGGUGAUUAUACCGGGUUGGACUACCGAAGCUGUCUGUAACUAAACUGUGACCACAUCAUCAGCGCUAAAUGGCAGAACCACCGGCUAAGAGAGCCCGAAGACAAAAUGAGACACAAAUUUACCCUGGUCCAAGCACAGCACCAGACAGACAGGCAGCUGCAACCCAAAAAUUGGCUGAUGGAGAGAGGGAUGAUCAACAAACGACUCAUGGCAGCAGACAGCCUUCCCAGCAGGAACCACCGCCACAACCACCACCGCAACUACAGCCAAGACCGGGUGAGACACAAACUAACCCUGGUCCAAGCACAGCUCCGAUCCAACAACUACCGGCUGAUGGAGUGAGGGAUGAUCAACAAACAACUCAGUCUGGCAGCGGACAUCCUUCCCAGCAGGAACCAACGCCACAACCACCACCGCAACUACAGCCAAGACCGGGUGAGACACAAACUAACCCUGGUCCAAGCACAGCUCCGAUCCAACAACUACCGGCUGAUGGAGUGAGGGAUGAUCAACAAACAACUCAGUCUGGCAGCGGACAUCCUUCCCAGCAAGAACCAACGCCACAGCCACCACCGCAACUACAGCCAGGACCGGAUAAAGCAGACGCCAACGAGAGCGCAGAGAAACACAUGAAACGUAAAGCAGAGGCGACGGUUCUGAAAGAUCAGGGGAACCAAGCAUUCCAGAAGGGCGAUUACACACGAGCCGUUGAGCUCUACACGCAGGGCCUGGAGUGUCUAAAAGACUUUGUGGUGCUGUACACCAACAGGGCACAGGCUUACAACAAAUUGGAAAAGUUUUCAGAGGCAAUGGAGGACUGCCGGACUGCCUUGCAGUUGGAACCAAACAACGUCAAGGCAUUGGUGCACCUUGGCAAGGCCCAGCAGGGACUGAAGGAUUACGAGGCGGCUGUUACGACUUUCCAAGAAAUCCUCAAGAUUGACGAGAAAUACGAGAAAAUGGUGGCAGAUAAUGUCAAGAGAGCCCAAGAAGCAGACGCCAGCGAGCGUGCAGAGAAGCGUAAAGCAGAGGCGACGGUUCUGAAAGAUCAGGGGAACCAAGCAUUCAAGAAGAGCGAUUACGCACGAGCUGUUGAGCUCUACACGCAGGGCCUGGAACGUCUAAAAGACUUUGUGGUGCUGUACACCAACAGGGCACAGGCUUACAACAAAUUGGAAAAGUUUACAGAGGCAAUGGAGGACUGCCGGACUGCCUUGCAGUUGGAACCAAACAACGUCAAGGCAUUGGUGCACCUUGGCAAGGCCCAGCAGGGACUGAAGGAUUACGAGGUGGCUGUUACGACUUACCAAGAAAUCCUCAAGAUUGACAAGAAACACAAGAAAAUUGUCGCAGGCUACAUUGCAGCCGUGAAUCUAGCCAAGUCCACAGCCAAGUCUGAUAUGGAGGCUGAGAGGCUGUUCAAUGAGGGCGACGUCAAGGCAAUGGGCGUUCAUGAGAUCGGACUCAGUGAGGUAGCAGACAGUCAAGCAGCUCUGACCCAACAACUACCAGAUGAUCAACAAACGACUCAGUCUGGCAGCAGACAGCCUUCCCAGCAGGAACCAAUGCCACAACCAACGCAACAACUACAGCCAAGACCGGGUGAGACACAAACUAACCCUGGUCCAAGCACAGCUCCGACCCAACAACUACCGGCUGAUGGAGUGAGGGAUGAUCAACAAACGACUCAGUCCGGCAGCAGACAGCCUUCCCAGCAGGAACCAAUGCAACAACCACCGCCACAACUACAGCCAAGACCGGGUGAGACACAAACUAACCCUGGUCCAAGCACAGCACCAGACAGACAGGCAGCUGCAACCCAACAACUACCGGCUGGUAACGAACAACCUUCCCAGCAGGAACCAACACCACAACCACCGCCGCAACUACAGCCAAGACCGGGGGAGACACAAACUAACCCUUGUCCAAAGACAGCACAAGACAGUCAGGCAGCUGCAACCCAACAACUACCGGCUGGUAACGAACAACCUUCCCAGCAGGAACCAACGCAACAACCACCACCGCAACUACAGCCAAGACCGGAAGCAAACUUGGAUAAAGAGCACCCUGAAGUUCCAGGUAUCACUGAACCCGUUCUACGCAAGAUCUCUGAGAGGCUUGGCUCUGAAUGGCAGAAACUGGCUACACAUCUCGGUUUAAGUGCUGCAGAGAUCGAGCGCAUCAUGAUGGAUGACCCAGGCCAGACGGAGAACCAGAUCUUCAACAUGCUGGCUGAAUGGAGGCGCCAACAGAGGGACGUGUUAUGCACAGCUCUGGUGAAGCUCGGCAAAAUGGACAUAGCCGAAGACAUGAUAGAUUUCAGUGACCCCGUUCUACGCAAGAUCUCUGAGAGGCUUGGCUCCAAAUGGCAGAAGCUGGCUACACAUCUCGGUUUAAGCGCUGCAGAGAUCGAGCGCAUCGUGAUGGAUGACCCAGGCCAGACGGAGAACCAGAUCUUAAACAUGCUGAUCGAAUGGAGGCGCAAACAGAGAGAAGUGUUAUGCACAGCUCUGAUGGAGAUCGGUAGAACGAACAUUGCCGAAGACCUGAUAGGUAUCAGUGAUCUUGAUCUACGUAUGAUCUCUAACAAGCUUGGCUCUGAAUGGCGGAAGCUGGCUACACAUCUCGGUUUACGCCCUGCAACAAUCGACCGUAUCGUGAUGGAUAACCCAGGCCAGACAGAGAACCAGAUCUUCAGCAUGCUGGUCAAAUGGAGGCGCCAACAAUCCACUAGCACAGAUCAGAGGGACGUGUUAUGCACAGCUCUGAUGGAGAUCAGCAGAAGGGACAUUGUUGAAGACCUGAUAGAGGCUCAAGUGGGAGGAGCUAAAGAACAGAACAGGCAGAGAAGAACUACAUCAUCUGAAAGACAGGGACAGGGAGAUGUUGGUCAUCGUGACAAAUCUCACCAAGAAGUUCAAGAAAGAGGGGCUAAAGAACAAAGCAAGCUGAAAAGCACCUCAUCAUCUGAGGGACAGAGACAAAAUCAGCAAGAGGCAGGAGGAACACAUCCGAACGUUCAGAAAGAGACUUUGCAAUCAUCCGAGGAGCAUGGACUGAAAGGGUCAACAGACCAUAAACCAGCUUAUGCACAAGUGGGUGUUACACCAAGAAAUCAGUCAGAGAUACGAGAGACAGCGGUAAAAGAAAUGACAUCACAAGACCAACAGCUAAUGCAGGGUCCAAAGUCAGUUCAAGACAUCGUACCUGUAGGACAAACCUCAUCCCGAUCACCUGCUGUACUCAGACAUGGACCUGCGCAACUAGUUUCCGUUGAUUCCAUGAGUUUCAGUGGCGAAAAUUCUCCUGUCUUCUUGGGAGCGGUUAACCAACCGACUUUUACCUUGAACGUUCAAAGCUUGAAGGUUACAGAAAAAAGUUCAGGGUUUCCAAAAGUGUCAAUAGCAACAGACGUAACAAGGCAGGGUGGCGAGGACCGUGGCAUGAAUGAUGUUCUCCGGAUAGCCCUGACUACCUUACAUAGAACGGAGGGAAAGGAUUACGUCCUUGAGCAAAUCUCAGCUUUCCUGAACUCAUGUGACGGAGAGCUUGAGGAAGUAAUACCUGGGUCUGUGACAUUUGUUGUUCGCUUCAAGAGUCGGGAGGGUCUGAACAAACUCUGGAGUAUGUACACCACUGGAGAACUCGCCAAGAAACUGACAGAGAUUCUCAUCACAGUUCUCAUCACAGAUGAACUGACUACAGAAGAUAAGAGUGACUUGGCUAUCAAGGCGACUAUACCAGAAAGCGACUACGAUCGGGCCUGCAAAUUCUUUGAAGAAUUGGAAAAGGAUCAGCAGAAAGAUGAAGAGGACUCAAGCAGUAUGGAAGAGGUACAGCAUAAACAACUUGGAGAAAGCAGCACAGCAACAAGGGCUUCCAGUAGUGAUCCAACCGAAUACGCUGAAGACAGCUAUGAAGAGAAAGUGAUGAAGACAUCGUUUAUAACAACAGGAGGUAUUGGUGACCCUGAUCUAUACAAGAUCUCUGCGAUGUUUGGCUCUGAAUGGCAGAAGCUGGCUACACAUCUCGGUUUAAGCGCUGCUGAGAUCGACCGCAUCGAGAUGGCUGACCCAGGCCAGACAGAGAACCAGAUCUUCAACAUGCUGGUCAAAUGGAGGGGAAAACAGGGGGAGGUGUUAUACAAAGUGCUGAUGAAAAUGGGUAGAACGGAUAUUGUCGAAGAGCUGAUAGGUUUCAGUGACCUUAUUCUACACAAGAUCUCUGGUAUGCUUGGCUCUGAAUGGCGGAAGCUGGCUACACAUCUCGGUUUAAGCGCUGCAGAGAUCGAGCGCAUCGUGAUGGAUGACCCAUGGCCAGGCCAGACAGAGAACCAGAUCUUCAACAUGCUGGUCAAAUGGAGGUGCCAACAAUCCACUAGCACGGAUCAGAGGGAAGUGCUUUUCAUAGCUUUGAAGCAGAUCAAGGGAACAGACACUGCCAAAGAUGUGAUAGAAAUCACCGGACUCCAGGGGCCGGGUACCUUUGAGGAUUUACAACAGGAAAUUAUCGACAACUACAAGCAAACUGCAACAACUAUUCCUGCACACCCUAUACUGCAGUCAUGUCAAGUGGGUACUGAGGAAUUUUUUGUACCUCUCCAUCUAAUAAAGCACAUUCCAGGCAAAACAAAAUCAGUGAGGUCGGUGAGAUUACCAGAAGGAGACACAUUGUUAGAUAUCAAUGAGACAAUAACUCUCAAUUCCUUGGAUGAUUUGUUAAAUCCAGAAGUAGUUAAGGAAAUCAAAAUUCUUCUUUAUGGCGGGGUUGGAACGGGUAAAUCAACCCUGUUAGUGAAAGUUGUUAACUCUUGCAUCACACUUGGUUCAAAAGCCCUUCGUGGUAGAUUCGAUCUUGUGCUUUGGAUAAAGCUGAGGCAAAUGCAGCAAUCUAGUUGUGUCUUGGAUGCCAUAUUUGACCAAAUUCUAGCUCAAGACACCAAACUGACAAAAUCCAUAGUGAAAGGGUUUAUUGCUGCUCAUGAAUCACACAUUGCUUUGCUGUUGGACGGAGUAGAUCAAAUUCCAUCUCAUGUUUUGCAAUCUGAGGAGGGCGUGUACAGGGUUCAGGAUAUCUUACACAACAGAGUCCUUACAAAAAGUUUUGUGCUGGUCACAACCCGACCGCACAUGGUUGAUUCAAUACUCGAGGGUCACCCAACAUUUGCCCGGGUGGAGACAACUGGCUUCAAUCCACAAGACAGAGAUCAGUACAUCAGAUUAAACCUUCCUGAUGAUGCUGACAUGGGAGAGGCAUUGGUUUCAUAUCUGAAAACCAAUCAACAUCUAUCGGAAAUGUCCAAAGUUCCAAUCAUUUCCCAGAUGAUGUGCCUUGUUUGGAAGAAUCAAAAGUCAUUGCCUGAGAGAAUUACUGAGCUGUUUACAAAGUUUGCAAAGGUUCUUUUCAUUCGCCGCAAUGAAGAAAUGGGUGAUCAGCACAUGAUGUCCAUCAUUGAUGACUUGGGGCGUGUUGCAUUGCAAGGGCUACUAGACUCUAGCGGGGAAAGACUCAUGUUCAAUGAAACUGAAUUGCAGAAUUGUCAGUCUUCCUUAGCUGAGGGUUGUCAUGUGGGUUUCGUUCAACGUGAAACGUUCACGUGUGGUCUGGAUGUAAAGGUGUUGGUCACUUUCCCCCACAAGUCCAUCCAAGAAUACUUUGCAGCAUGUCACCUGGUGAAAUUGCUACAAGAUGACGAAAACAAUUUCCGUCAUCAGUUGAAGCAGAUUCGAGAACACAAUGUUCAUGCAAUGGAAUACCUGCUGAGAUUUUGUUGUGGUAGAUCAGGAAAGGCUGCUGGUCUCAUUCUGGAUCACAUACAAAAGAUGCAAGGUGACGAGAUGAAACUGCAGAGAUUGGCUCGGUUGCUAUUUUUCGAGUCUAGUUCGAAAGAGUUGGCUACCAAACUAGUCAGACCAACUGAGGUAUACUGCGAGAGUAACGAAGACCUGAAAUCACUGAGCUACUACUUACAGCAUGUCACUCCACCACUUAAAGGCACAGGUUUUAAAAUAGAUGUAAGAAAGCAGGAGCUUACCCUUCUCAGGGGAAUUCUUCUGAGUGACAGCAUGAAGUCAGAUGAGCUGAUAUAUGUUGACUACUUCUUGUCUGAGCAGGAGGAGAAGCUUAGCCUUCUUGAGGAAACACUUGGUGUGGUGGAUGUACAGCACCCUGCUCGAUUACACAUUUUGAUUCACAUUGAGGCAAAGUCAUGGUUUGACGUGGGGCAUGUAUCACACAGUCUUUUCUGCAUGCAGGAACAAAUAUAUGUAGGCAGGCUUGGUUUGGUUAUGAACCAACGAUCACCGGAUGAGGUUGUUGAUCUAUUGAAGGCACUGGAAGGAUGCAGGUUGGGUCUUCUCUCACUGUUUAACAUUGACCUGCAUGCACAGAUGGGAGAUGUCAGCCACGUACUGUCAUCCCUUACAAUCUUGCUGCUCAUUGCAUGCAGGUUGGUAGAUGAUGAUGUGAAGGACCUGAUCAGCAUCCUUCCUGCUGGGCAUGGUUUAGAAAGGCUUGCCCUUGAUGGCAAUGCAUUCAGUUUGGAUGCAGUGAGGGCUCUCACCCAUCAUCUCCAAGGUCUCCCUAAGUUACGUGGGUUGAGACUUUGUAACAUCGGCCUCAGUGCUGAACUCAUCAGACAAGUUGUCAGUCAAAACCUCCCUCACCUGAAGGAAACAGAAGAGGGAGAAUUCGAAAAGCCUAAAUAAUCUCCCACCAAGUCAUAACUCUCACCCUGUUCCCUAUGAAUGCACCACGCUCACGAGCCGCAUUAAAUUGAAACAAGUAGCAUGUAUCAUGGGUCAUUUUAUGUGAAGUCAGUGCUCUGCAACCCCCCCCCCCCCAAAAAAAAGAAUAAGUAAACAAACAACUAACAAUCAAUAACAAAAAAACUUUAUUUUCAGAGGACAAUAAGGGGCUCGAUAAUGAAUAAAAAGUCAACAAAAGGGUUUCAAUACAAAUGGAUGUAUUCGGAAUCCUCUUACAUUAUGAAUACAAAUAAUAUACCCAGCAUAGUUCUUCAUUCUACUGAACCUCCAUCCCCCAAAAAAUUCAAUCCAUCAAUUGAUCAAUCAAUCAGUGUGAAAAGUCAAUCAACAAUUCCUGUACAAAAUGAUUCAUUGAAAUCUUCAAACAUAAUAGCACUGUACUAAGCAUUCUGGGUGUCACUUGAAAGUGAUAUUAAAUUGACCUUGUAUCUUGGGUGACCUCUGAGUACUAUUAUAAAUCUACAAUCUAAUUGUCAAUUAAACAGGAGAAUCCACCUCUCCUUUCCAUUUCUUUUGAGAAAAUAUCUUGAAUCGCAUCAUCUUAGGAAAAAGUUGUGUUAGAUGUCUUCAACUUUUAUGACAAAGGCCUCCUCCUACCCUGUUAUCCGAUCAAUGUAGUAAUAUGGCAUUCAAACAAACUAAUGUGACCACACGCAAAUGGCUGCACGACACCCUUCCAUAGACCAGUGCUGUGCAAAACUUAGUAUACAGAAUAAUACCCCAAACCUCGGGUACUUUUAAAUUGUUUUGCGUUUGCCUUAUGUACAAAUUCGGAAAAUUCUCGCAACUUCACACCUUUCAAACAGAUGUUUCUGUUGAGUGUUUGUGCUUCAUUCUUUAUCAAAUCGUUUGGGUAAAUUAAUGUAAAUUACGCAUAAAAUGACAAAAUUUAUGUAUAGAUCACCUUUUGUAUAGAUCUUUAACCUUGACUGUUUAUGUAAUAUACCUUUAAAGUGGUCCAGUUGUGUAAGGACAGUAUAACGUGGAUUUUGUUUACUAUUCAACUAUAGGCCUAUGUCCAUAUUGAGAAUUACUAACCAGUGUUCAUACUGUCAAACAAUUCAUGUAUAAUAUAUACAUGUAGAAUGUUGAAUUGCCAAAUGACACAUUUUUGUCAGAGGACAGUCAUGUUUGCUCAUUCAGGACCAAUCGUUGCAAUUGUUGUAUACGUGAAAAUGUUUCUGUGUUUCUGAUUAUGUUGAAAUAGGUACAAGUGGACAAUUUGCUUGAUUUUAUCAUUGCAAGCCUCUUCAAAGUAUUGAUUGACACUAGAUUUGUUUGUUCCAAGUAUGAUCAAUAUUCUCGUAUGAAAACUGACAUUUUUGUUUCUAACAGUUUUGAUAUUUUGCAGUUGCCCAGGUGAUAGCAGUCGUUUAUAACAUGCCCAAAUGCAACCAUUCAAUUUGGUAAAAGUCGUUCUGCAGGAGAGAAAAAGUAGACUUUGAAUCAGCGUUUUGAUUUAUUCACAUUGGAAAUGUAAACUGAAUGUAAGUAAUGUUUACUUACAUUACUUACAUUAUGUUGUUGCUGGCAUGACACGUGAAAGAAGAUUUUGAUGAAAAUGAGAUUUAAACACUGUAUUUGCAAAGCCGAACUGAUUGCAAUUUUAAAUGAUGGGGAUUUUUGUACUCAUUAAUUUACACAUUUAAAGGGAUAUGGGAUGGGAUCAUUUGCAUUUAUCCCAAAAGUAACCUACCGAAUUGUAAUCAAAAAGCUCACUUGGAUUAAUGAUCGUACUGGUACUAAACACCCUGUGAAAUUAUUCCAUCUGGCUUGCUGUCAUUAAGAAGAAAUCAAGAAAUGUAGGUGAUUUCCAAUGAUAAGUCAAUUGACUGAUUUUUGGAAAUAAGAGUUCUAUGGACGAAAUUGCGUUUAGUGAUCAAAAGUUUGUGCAUGGAUAUUUCACUCUUUUCUUGAAAAGUGUAAUAUCCAAAGCUUCAACAUGUUAGGUUUUUAGUAUUCUUCUGUGCAACAGUGAUGAUAUUACAUGUAUUGGAAACGAACAAAUUGCAUGAAAUACAAAUGUUCCUAUAUGCCAUUAA